GGAGAAAUCGUAAUUACCCUAAAAUAAAAAUGAAAACAACAAUUGUUUAGAUUAGAGAUUAUUUGCCAACUGCCAUAAUUUCUUUCAAGUCUUCCAUCGAAGAUGUUUCUUGGUUUGCAAAGCACGCGUUGAUCUAUAUUAUUUCUGCUGGGAAUUUUAUAGCUGAACAUCAAAACAAGCUUCUUUAUUUCCCAGACUCUAAAUCCUCAAAACCCCAGAUUUUGGCUGCAUAGGUGAUUUGAUAUUGGUCAGUGAAUGACCAUGUCAAGGAAAUCGGACCUAUUUCUUUCACCUCAUGAUAUUCUGGAGUUCCGUUGAUUUGGUGGAAUGGAAAAGAAAGGUAUAGAUGAUUAUGAACUGGGACCACUUCCUUCGCCAAAACCGUUAGAUAGAUUUGGGUUUGUAAAGCAAGAGCUUAAUAAUGCUCCCGAAGGCUUAAACAAGGGCAGGUCAGCAUAUGAAUUUCAGAGGGAGGAAAGGAAGGUGAGAAAAUGGAGGAAGAUGAUUGGAGUUGGAGGGAGUGAUUGGAAGCAUUAUGUUAGGAGAAAACCUCAUGUGGUUAAGAGGCGUAUAAGGAAAGGAAUUCCAGAUUGUUUAAGAGGUCUUGUUUGGCAGUUGAUCUCCGGAAGUAGAGACCUUUUGUUGAUGAAUCCUGGGGUUUAUGAGCAAUUAGUCAUAUAUGAGACAUCAGCAUCAGAGCUGGAUAUAAUUCGAGAUAUUUCCCGUACCUUCCCUUCACAUGUUUUCUUCCAACAGAGACAUGGACCCGGUCAAAGAUCCCUCUAUAAUGUGUUGAAAGCUUAUUCUGUCUAUGACAGAGAUGUUGGAUAUGUUCAGGGAAUGGGUUUUUUAGCUGGUUUAUUGCUUCUUUAUAUGAGUGAAGAGGAUGCAUUUUGGCUGUUAGUUGCAUUACUGAAGGGAGCAGUGCAUGCUCCAAUGGAAGGAUUAUAUCAGGUGGGUUUGCCUCUUGUACAGCAAUACCUGUUUCAGUUUGACCACUUAGUAAGGGAGCAUAUGCCGAAGCUGGGAGAGCAUUUCACCCAAGAAAUGAUAAAUCCUAGCAUGUAUGCAAGCCAGUGGUUUAUUACUGUUUUCUCCUACUCUUUCCCAUUCCAUUUGGCUCUUCGAAUUUGGGAUGUCUUUCUUUAUGAGGGUGUUAAAAUCGUUUUUAAAGUGGGUUUGGCUCUUUUGAAAUAUUGCCAUGAUGAUUUGGUAAAGUUACCCUUUGAGAAACUCAUACAUGCUUUGCGUAACUUUCCAGAGGAUGCAAUGGAUCCAGAUACUCUGUUACCAAUGGCUUAUUCGUUCAAGGUGUCCAAACGAUUGGAAGAACUGAAACACGAGUAUGACAAGAAGAAUGGAAACCCAAUUGAACCACCAGAAAUUAAAGAGAAUCAGAAACAGUUGCAAUGAAGGUUUUUUUUGUUUUCUCUUCUCUAGAGGAGCCAAUCCUGUAGUUAACCUAUGCAAUCUGAUUGUGCUAUUCUUUUGUGAAUGUAUGAAGAUGGGUACACAAAUGUUAAAUGUUUUUGUGUUGGAUCACUGUUCAUAGUUGACAAUAUCCAUUGAACCAUGUGUUUCACGCGCGAAAUCUUUAUCAGAAAUAACAGUAAGGUGAUAGCAAUGGGUAAUAUAUUUAUUUGGAUGGAAUGCUCAUUAUUUGUUCUCA